AUGUCUCACGAAGGCCUGGCCGGAGCGAACACCAAUGACUUAGACCCUGCUCCCGUAAACGGUGCCGCUCCUCCCCAAUCCAAUCGCGAUGGUGAAGCCGAAAAGAGUAAGGAUGCGCCCCGCCGCGACAGCAAGCAGCUCCGCCCUGUGUCAACCAGUGAGCUCCGUGAGAAGCUCAAGAACCAGAAAGGGAAGCUCGCCGACAGGAAGGAGCAGCUCAAGAAGAUGUCCAAACCCCCCGGUGGCUUCGACGCGACUCCGCUGCCCGACGCCCCUCAAGGAUACACGGUCAAGAUCACCUUCCACCGCGCCUACAACCUGCCCGUGGCCGACCUCCACCUGAGGUCGUCGGACCCCUUCAUCCACGCCACCCUGACGGCGGCUGUCCCCAGGCGCCACAAGGAAGACCCACUCCUCACCCGCCGCACCAAGACCAUCCGGCGCAGCACCGAGCCGGUCUGGGACGAGGAUUGGGUCGUGGCCAACGUGCCCGCGUCGGGCUUCGUGCUCAAGUGCCGCCUCUACGACGAGGACUGGCCGGACCACGAUGACCGCCUCGGCAACGUGACCAUCCGGGUUCCCCACGUCGACGAGAAUUGGGAGGGCCUCGGCCCAAACGGCCGCGUGUACGAGGUCAAGAAGCGCGCCGGCAGCAAGCGUGCUUACUUCUACCAUGGCGUGACCGCGGCCGUGUGUCGGGACCACGGCGUGACCCCGCGCCUGCACGUCAGCAUGCAGGUGCUGGGCAAGUCAGACCCGCCCCACGCCCAGAUGUACACCGUCGGGCCGACCACCUGGGUGAAGCAUUAUAGCCCUAUGAUCGGCCGGCUGGCGGGCGUUAGGGUGAAUCGGAACGAGGAAGAGGACGCGGCGUCGGACGAGGGCGAGGACGAGAGCGACCAGCGGCGGACCAAGAAAUACGACUUCCAAGCCAACGAGAUCCAGCUCUCGGGUCCCGUCCCGCCCAAGCUCUACCACCGCUACGUCGAGUUCCGGCCCAUGAUCGGCCGCAUGUUCUCGUCGACCGGUUUGCGCGGGCGCAUCCUGAACAAGGUGCUCCACAAGCAGCACGAGCGCAUCUACAACUUCGACUCGAGCACCGAGUACGGCUCGUUCCCGCCCUGCAGCGACGAGGCAUCCCUCCAGUUCCUGCGGAUGGCCCACUUCGACGAGGGCGGCCGCAUCUUUACCUACGUUCUUACGCUGGACGGCAUGCUGCGCUUCACCGAGACGGGCAAGGAGUUUGGCAUCGACAUGCUGAGCAAGCACACCAUGCACUCGGACGUGGCCACCUACAUUGCGUGUUCGGGAGAGUUCUUCAUCCGCCGGCUUGCGCACCCUGUCGACGGCCACCAUUCCAGGCCGUCCAGCAGGCGUGGCGCAGAGCCAUCAUCCUCCCGCCAUCACGACGCAGAGACACCAUCCCCCUCCCAUCACAACGCCGACCCGUCAUCCAACAACCACAACUCCUCCAACCCCCCCACCAGCAACCCCUCCGACCCCGCCUCCUCACCAUCCCCCUCCUACUCAAUGGGUCGCCGGAAGAACAUGAAACACCCCCUCCGCAGCCCUCAUGGACCACAGGCGGCAUUUUUAUACCACCGUCCCAAAUGA